CAUUUUCGUAACUUUGACCUCAAAAAUAAAUCUAUAUAAUUUACGAUUUUCAAGAUAAAUAGGCCAAGCGAUGCUUUUUUAUUACGAGUAUAAAAAUUGAAAUAAUCUAACCUACAAAAACGAAAAUCUAGAACAGUUUACCCAUAUGGAAUUCUGUCUCUACGUCACUAAGGAAUAUAUAGGAAAAUACUGCCACCUACAGUAUACAGUGCGUAUGAUCUCAAUAUUAACCCCAUAGCUAACGAGAACCAGAACAUUUAGGGCGAUGAAGUCAAAGAGAAAAUCUUUUUCGGUUAAUAAACCAAUUGAAAACGAAGAUGAUAGGAAAGAGAAGACGAAGAAAUCUGUAUCAUUUUUUAAACUUUUUCGCUAUUUAACUGGUCGUGAACUAUUGCUAGUAUUAUUAGCAGUUUUUGGAAGUUUAUCAGUUGGUGUUGCCAUUCCAGCAAAUGUACUUAUCUACAGUCAAACUAUUAAUAAAUUCGUUAAUUAUACAUCGGAUUCUGGAUUUGAUAUACACGAUGAAAUCGUUACGACACUUGUACCUUAUUCAAUGAUAAUUGCCUGUACAUGCUUAUUUCUUGGUUUUAUGCAAAUGUUCUUCUGGCAAUUGACCUCUGCAAAACAAAAGAGAAAGCUUAGAAUGGCAACUUUUGAUAAAUUAAUGAGAAUGCAUCAAGGAUGGUACGAUCAUAAUAAAACUGGAGAAAUUACAUCCAAACUAUUCGGGGAAAUUGAUGAAAUUUCCGACGCGGUUGGUCACAAACUUGGUUCAUUGUUACAAGCCUUUUCUCAAAUUACUACCGGUUUAGUUAUUGGUUUUACUCAAAGUUGGCGAUUGAGUUUAAUAGUAUUAGCUAUGUCUCCGAUUAUUGCGGCAAGUAUUGUCGUCCUUAUGUCGACAAUGAAGAAAAUGUCGCAAAAAGAGUUAAAGGCCUAUGGACAUGCUGGUUCAAUUGCUUCGGAAACUUUUGGAGCAAUUCGUAUUGUUUUCGCUUUCGGUGCAGAGAAAAAACAUUCCGAUGAAUACGAAGAGAAAUUAUCUGUUGCCAAGACUACAGCUAUUAGAAAAGCUUUCGUUAACGGUUUAGGCAUGGGUAUACAAUUUACAAUAACACUGGGUUCAAUGGCUUUCCCAUUUUGGUAUGGUAAUAAACUGGUCGAUGAUGGAACUAUUGACGGUGGACAAAUGAUCUCAACCAUAUUUGGCAUAUUAGUCGGUGUAAUUGCCCUUGGAAAUGGUCUACCAUCCCUACAGCAAAUAUCCAUUGCUCAAGCAGCGGCGGCGAAUGUAUUUGAAAUUAUUGACCAAGAAACUGAAAUUGAUUACGCCGAUCCAAGCGGAAGUAAACUAACGAAUAUUAAUGGAAAUAUUGAAAUAGAAGGUGUACAUUUCUCAUAUCCUUCUAGACCUGAUAUUCCAAUUUUAAAGGAUUUCAAUAUACACGUUAAACCUCAGCAAACCGUUGCUCUAGUUGGUCGAAGUGGAUCUGGUAAGAGUACAACUGUACAACUUUUAAUGAAACUAUACAACUUUAAAAGUGGUGAUAUUAGAAUUGAUAGUAAAAGUAUUAAGAGUCUCAAUAUUGAAUCUUUAAGGAAGCAAAUAAGUAUCGUUUCCCAGGAACCUAUGUUGUUUUCUACAACAAUUAUGGAGAAUAUUGCACUGGGCAAACCGGAUGCCUCAGAAUCUGAGAUAAUCGAAGCGGCAAGAUUAGCUAACGCUCAUCAAUUUGUAUCAAACCUUCCUGAUGGUUAUGAAACGUUGGUCGGUGAAAGUGGUACUCAAUUAUCGGGUGGUCAAAAACAGAGAAUCGCUCUUGCUAGAGCUUUAAUUAGAAAGCCCGAAAUUCUCCUCCUCGACGAGGCAACUUCGGCACUAGACGCCAAAAGUGAAGCAAUUGUUCAAGAGGCUCUUGAUAGAGCUUCAAAGAAUAGAACAACUAUUGUUAUAGCUCAUAGAUUAUCAACUAUUAGGAAUGCCGAUAGAAUUUAUGUAGUAGAUGAAGGUUCAGUAUGCGAAUACGGCACACACGAAGAACUAUUAGAGAAGGACGGCGCAUACGCUCAACUGAUUAAAAAUCAACUGGAUACCCAUUCAGUAGUAGAUACGAAUUUAACUAACGAUGAUAUGAUACAUGAAAAUGAUGUAAAAUUACAAGAGCUUGAUGAUUCCGAUGACGAAGAUGACAUAGAGGAAAUAUCGGAAAAUAGUAGUCAAACCGAUACAGGAGUGGUUAUAAAAAAGAGAAAAUCAUUAUUUUUAAGACUUCUGAAAUUGAAUUCACCGGAGAUUAUCUAUUUGUGUUUUGGAGGAUUUUUUUCGCUUGUUGACGGAUGCAUUAUGCCAGUUUUCUCACUUGCUCUUAGUCAGCAAAUUUCAAAUUUUGAUACUUUGGAUAAGGAUGAAAGGAAGGAACAAUCUCUAAGAUUGUCAUUAGCUUUCGCGCUAAUUGCUUUACUUCACGGAGUGUUCACUUGGCUUGCUGUCUAUUUGCUCGGAAUUGCUGGUGAAAGACUUACGGAACGUCUAAGAAAGUUAACUUUUAGGAGUAUCUUAAGGCAAGAAGUUGGAUGGUUCGACAGACCAACCAAUAGUAUUGGUGCAUUGACCGCUCUGCUAGCUGCUGAGGCAGGCAACGUUCAUAAAGCACUUGGCGAUUAUAUUCGAACACUUCUAUACACAGUAUCUACGGUAGUGUGCGCCCUCUCUAUUGCAUUUUAUUAUAGUUGGAGAUUAGCGCUUUUCGCUCUUCUUUUUGCACCAUUAAGUCUAUCUUCCGGCGUAUUACAAACGUACAUGUCACGUUCAAAUUUUGCAAAGCAUAAACGUCAUAAGAAAGAUUUUGUUAAAUCUCUUCAAUCGAUUGCAACGGAAGUUCUAAAUCAGAUAAAAACUGUAGUAAUGUUAUCGCAAGAACGUUAUUUCUUAAAGAAAUUUAAAGAUGGUGUAACAAGCGACUACACAAAAGAGAAACGUACAGCACUUAUGUUUGGUAUUGUUUACGGAGUUUCAACUAGCGCACAAUACUUUUGCUUUGGUGGACUUAUUGCAAUAGGCUCAUACCUUGUUAAAAUAGGUGAUCAAGAAUUUGGUGAUAUAUUUAGGGUAGCUAUAACAAUUACUGUAUGCGCAACAUCCCUUGGAAGGUCUGCUGGUAUGAGUAUAGAAUAUAAAAAGGCUAAAACUUCGGCGAAAAAGAUCUUUAGAAUGUUAGAUAGAGUGCCCUUAAUUGAUGGUGUUUCGGAAAAUGCUGGAAAACAACUGGAAAAUUUUAGGGGUGCAAUCUCAUUUAAAGGCAUAGAUUUUGCUUAUCCAAUGAGAAGCAAGAGUAAAAUUCUACGAGAUUUUAAUCUAGAAAUAUCGCCUGGAACUACAAUCGCCCUUGUUGGCAGUUCCGGUGCUGGCAAAUCAACUAUAACAGUACUGCUCGAAAGGUUUUAUGAAAUAGAGAAAGGAUUAAUAGCAAUUGACGGAGAGAAUAUGAAAAACCUAAGCGUCUCCGACGUCCGCUCAAAAAUGGCAAUAGUCACGCAAGAGCCCAUUCUAUUUGGACGGUCUAUUGCUGAGAAUAUUAAAUACGGAUUGUCAGAAAAAGAUGUAUCAGAAGAGCUAAUUAUCGAAGCAGCAAAGCAAGCGAAUAUCCACGAUUUUAUAGAAUCGUUGCCGGAAAAAUACGAGACUAACGUUGGUCAGAAAGGAACCCAAUUGAGUGGUGGCCAAAAACAACGAAUAGCAAUAGCUAGGGCCUUAAUCCGAAAGCCAACAGGUCUGUUUACCAUCAAUCUUCCCAUAGCGUUUUGUACCUUAAUCGGUUUUUGUUCUUUAUCCCAUUAAAAAACAGUAUUACUUCUUGACGAAGCUACGUCAGCUUUAGACACAGAGAGCGAAAAGGUUGUCCAAGAUGCUCUUGACAAGGCCAGAGAGGGUAGAACCUGCAUUAUAAUUGCCCAUAGACUCUCAACAGUACAAAAUGCUGAUAAAAUUGCCGUAAUCGAUAGAGGUUCAGUUGCCGAAGCUGGCACUCAUCAUCAACUCAUGAAUGCCAAAGGACUUUACUACGAACUCCAUAAAAGUCAGGGAUUAAAGGCCGAAACGGAGAGUUAGCUGUUUUUGGUAUUACUGUCUUUAUAUAUAUAUAUUAUUUAUUUAUGUCUUUACAUUUGUACAGUUCUUGUAUAUUUACUUUGUAUUCAUUUUUUAUAAUAAAUCCGCAUAAAAGGAACAGAAUUAACAAACUCGACGUGCAUCGUAUAUUUUAAAGUUUACUAAUUGGAGGAAAAGAUUUUUAUGAUAAUUAUCUUCAUUCUUUAAAGGUCAUAGUAAAGCUAGUCGGAUUAAAAUAGAUACUACGUGUACGUUUAAAGAAUUACCUAGUAAUCUAUACAUUUGUUGAGUUGUAAUUGUUUCUUCAAAAGUAAAAGAUGAAGGAAAGCACAUAAGAUUAGCCACUUCUCUCGGUGUGAAAAAUCGAAUUUGUAGUCUUCUAAUUAGCUCUAUACUUUUAUCGUCUGUAAAGUCCUGCCGGGAACGUAGAUAAUUAAAUUCUUCUUCGGCCAAAUCACCUUCAACGAGUAGGGAUCCAGUUCCGUCGAUAUAUUGCGAAUAACGUUUAGUAAAACAACAAGUAUUCUUCGAUUCUCUUUUCCUCAUAUCCAUUGCGCCAAACAAUUUAAAACGAUUCUCCUCUAACCCGAAUUUAGUAAGGUCAACGUUCUCUUCUAAAAAUUCGCAAAUAGGCUUGCAUCUAGUUGUAUACAUCAGCUCAUCCCUGUGAUUUUUAGUAUCGGGUUUAAUGACUACCUGAUCAGGUAGACCCUUAUAUUGCAAAUGAACGAGGUAAUCCGACAUACAAUCCGGUAUAGUUUCCCAUAUAGAGCUUUUUGUUUCAAAGUUAAAAUCUUCUAAUUUUGCUAUAAAGAAAUAGCGUAAUCGUGAAUUUGGAAUGCCAAACUGCAAAGGCGACAGUAAAAACUCCUGUAUUCGAUAACCUUUAGAGAUUAAACAAUCUUUCAAGGCGCUUCGACAUCGAGAUACUUCGAAGCCCUUAACAUUUUCCAACAUGAUAAUUUCGGGUAAAGAGACUAAAUUAGGAAUUAUGUUUAAUAAGUGUAAAAAAGCUUUCGAUCGUGAAUCCUCGUCGUCUUUUUGUAGGCCUUGGCGAGUAAAUGGCUGACACGGUGGACUCAUCCAUAUUAAAUUCGGUUUGUACUUGUCGAGUUCGGCAAUAGAUAAUGAAUCUAUACUUCUUUGCUUGAGCGAUGAUGGGUUAAAAUUGGAUUUGUACACUUCGUUAGCAACUGUAUUAAUGUCCAUUGCAAUAAGGUCGUCGUACGGUAUACCUGUAGAUUUUAGGGCAAAAUGGAAGCCCCCAAUACCACUAAAUAAUUCUAAAACUUUUAAUUUCAUUACGAAAUAAACUAUUAAAAUACAAAUUGGAAUUGUAUUUUUUAAUAUAGUCCAGAAAGGGCGGGAAAAAAAG